CGCUACCGAUGUACAGUAUUGCUAUUAUGAAUUAGAAGGACAGUAUGAAACAUUUUUGAAAAAAUAUUCAAAUAUGGUGUAUUUUGUGCGCUCGACGUUGAUGUGGUCAGAGGAAAGAGCUUGCUAAUAUGAGGAAAAUAAGGUCUAAAUGCUUGAAGUUAUGCGGAUACGUUGCUUUCAUGGCCUUUCUGACAUUCGUGCUUGCAUAUUACACAAGGGUUAAUGAAAAUGUCGAUUUCCAUAUAAGUGAAGAGAAUCUUUUUAAGGCGACGCCUCGGCCACUGCGUCGCACGAAUGGGGAAAGAUUAUCCAACUUCGACAAGCAUGUGACUGGAAAAUGCCGAAAACGCGGGGACAUCGACCUGAUUGUAACAUAUACUCUGUGGGGAAAUGCCAUGAUGCCCGUUUAUGUAAUCACCUGCUCAAGCAAAAAGCCAACAGGAAAGAAGUUUCAGUUUGUAUCGGACACCUUCUUUCGCAAGCAUGGUGAUGAAAAACCUACCGUGAGAUUUUCGAGCGCCAAAAAGGGAGAAUUAUACUCGCUUGUUUUGGCACGGGCAAGAAGUGGAUUGGAAGACAUUUUCGAAGACGACCAAAACAUUAUAAAAUGGAUGGUAUCGAACCUUGAAGGGAAUAAUUUAGCGCAGGGAAUAUACAAAUGGAAUGUGCGAAACAUGGGAAUUGAGAUUAAAGAGUAUACUGCGCCUUUUUCCGAAUCUCAUAAUCAGUCACUGUAUCAGUUCAUUUUAUUCCAACAAGAACAAUUCAUUGAUAUCAAAAUUAUGGAUGGACAGAAAAUCAAAACACACUUUGAUGAGUUAAUACGGAAAAAGAUGUUGAAACUAGUUGCAUCCGCUGCAUUUAUUACAGGAUCAGAUGAGAAAUUAGAGUAAUGAAUGUUUACAUAAAGUUCAAUAUAAUUUAUGAUUUACUUCCCGAAAUAAAAUUAAAGAGUCAAUGGAGGCUA